CCGCUCCAUUGUUUCAUGUAUCGAUUUCCCGAAGUGCACGCAGAGCGCCGAAGAAAUAUAUCGACGGUAGAGAAAUUAUGUAACAUUUUCUUUUACCAUCAUACGAUAACUAACGAAGGAUAUAUAUAUACAUACACGCAUUUAUACACAAAUAAACGUCUCACAGCUCGUCGAUGUUAUUGAGACGAACUAAUCACGGAGAAAUAAUUGUAUUUUUCACACGUAUAUGUAUAUAUAGUUUUGAUUUAACUUCAUAAAUAUAUAUGUAUCUACAAUUAUAUGCAAAGAAGCAUCAAAAUAAUAAAUACAUCAUCCCUUCAUUCUCCCAGGCACAUGUCGCACACGUUAUUUUUGUGCAAAUAUUUUGUCGAAUCAAAUAACUUCUCGCAUUGAGUAUUCGUUAAUAAAUCUAAAUGAGUUUUUUGUUCAACAUCAUAAGAAAUGCUUUUCUUAGAAUGCUCCAACUAAUUUGGUUCAGUAAACGUAAAAUAUCUAAUUCGUUAAGCAUUUACGUUAAAACAAAUACUGGAAAUACACUCACUGUCGAUCUCGAUCCAAAAUGGGAUAUAAAGAACGUCAAAGAAAUCGUUGCCCCGAAAAUGGGUAUACCACCAGACGAUAUAAAAAUUAUAUUCGCUGGAAAAGAACUUCAUAAUUCAACAAUCAUUGCUGAAUGUGACUUGGGACAGCAAAGUAUUCUCCACGCUGUGAGAGCACCAGCAAAUAGAAAAAAUCGAUACAAAGACUCCACAAAUUCUAUUGAGGAGUCCAUAUCUGAGGGAUCCGAACUGAAUGAUAGCGGCGGAAAACCAUUGAACGAGACUUUGACAGAUUUGUCUUUGGAAGAAUUAACUGAGAGUGAAACAAUCGACAAACAAGAGCAACAAGGUGAACGUGCUCACUUCUUUGUUUACUGUUCGACGCCCUGUAAGUCGGUCCAAGCUGGAAAGUUACGAGUGAGAUGCUCGAGUUGUAACAGUGGGGCCGUUACGGUCGAUCGAGAUCCUCAAUCUUGGCAAGAUGUUUUGCAGCCUCGCAGAAUUACUGUCCAUUGCGAAAACGAUUCUUGCCAACCAAAUUUCGCAUCGGGAGACGAAGCAGAUGCUCCAGUUCUUUACGCACAUUUUUUCUUCAAAUGUGCGAACCACGCGAGUCUCGGCGAAACCGACGAGGCUGUUCCUCUCUAUUUAAUACGACCGAAUUUGAGAAAAGUUCCGUGUCUCGCUUGUACGGACGUCAGAGAAACCGUACUCGUAUUUCCGUGUGAAGCUUCCCACGUCACUUGUCUCGAUUGCUUCAAGGAUUAUUGCUCAGUUCGAUUGCGUGAAAGACAAUUCGAAUUUGACGACGCGAAAGGUUAUUACACAUUACCUUGCCCAGCCGGCUGUCCGAAUUCUUUCAUACCCGAAGUUCAUCAUUUUCACUUGCUAGACGCUCAACAGUACGAGCAGUAUCAACGAUUUGGAGCCGAGGAACACGUUCUACGAGCUGGUGGAUUAUUGUGUCCGCAGCCAGAUUGCGGAAUGGGUAUAAUUCCACCGAUUUUGGACGGUACGAACGACGAAUUGUGUCGUAGAAUUCAGUGCAUCGGGGGCUGUGGUUAUGUGUUUUGUAGAAGAUGUUUACGCGGUUUUCACGUCGGUGAAUGCGACACUCAACAAGCAACGACUUCGAAUUCUAUGAACGGACCUGGAGGAUACGCGAUUGAUCCUCUCAAAGCUAAAGAUGCAAAAUGGGAUGAAGCAAGUAAAAAAAUAAUCCAAACUUCCACCAAACCGUGCCCAAAAUGCAGAACACCCACCGAAAGAGAUGGAGGUUGUAUGCACAUGGUAUGCACCAGAGCAGGCUGUGGUUUUCAGUGGUGCUGGGUCUGUCAAACGCCGUGGACGCGGGAUUGCAUGGGCAAUCACUGGUUUGGCUAAUAGAAAAGAAAAAAGGAUAAAAAAAAAAACACCAGCGAAUCGAGGCAUAAUGAAA